UUUUUCCACAGUGGUGCGGGGGAGGCGUGGAUCUCUCUCACUCUGGCAUUCUCCUCAAGGCAGGACUCAGAUGACACCACCACGACAUCGACCGGAGCUCAAACACGAGAAUCUGCGUCCGGAUGAGUUUUAAUAACAGGACCCGUGUUUUGGGGGGUUUGGCUGAAUGAUUCCGACCGCUGCAGGAACUUUAAGAAUUGUUUGUAAGUGGGGCGCCGGUGGCGGAAUGUGAAAGCCCCAGUUUUGGCGCAUGUUCCUCUUCAUUCUGCGCAGCCUUCUCCUGCUUUCUGCGCGGUUGGAAAGCAGAGGAGGUGGAAGAGAAGGAGGGACGGCUUUUCCCGACUCGAUCCCUUGCCUAUGGACGACGGCGGUCCCCUCUCUCCAAAGGCAAAUGCUUUCAGUAUUGCCUCUUUGAUUUCGGCUGCAGAACAAGCGGGAAACGCGGCGUUUGAGAGACAGAGCAGCGGUCAGGAGAAGCACAGCUCCUUUAAAAUGCACUACAGCACUGUCACCCGGGAAAUGGAAGCCAUAUCCAGCCCGUGGCUGACGCAGCUGUCCCAUUUUUGCGAUGUUGCAGCCUUCACGACGAGCAGCCUGAGCAGCCUGAACACGCCGGGCGGAUACCACCUCUCUCCGUCCCCCGGGGACCCCUACAGCCAACAUGAGUCCCACUUUGAGCCCUGCACGGCCGCCCAGCACAACUACACUUAUCCGGCUCCUAACCCGGCCCAAGCGCCACCGAGCGACGCCGGGACGCCCAACUGCUCGUCGUCGUCCUCCAGCUCGACGCCGAACAGCAAAACGAUGGUGAAGAAAAACCCAAAAGUGGCCAACAUUAACGUGCAGCUGGAGAUGAAAGCGUUAUGGGACGAAUUCAACCAACUUGGCACGGAGAUGAUCGUCACAAAGGCCGGGAGGUAUGCGUUCCACAGCUCGUCGUGGCUGGUGGCCGGUAAAGCGGACCCCGCCACGCCGGGCAGAGUCCACUACCACCCGGACUCUCCGGCCAAAGGAGCGCAGUGGAUGAAACAGAUCGUCUCCUUUGACAAACUCAAACUCACGAACAACCUCCUGGACGAUAACGGACACAUCAUUCUGAACUCCAUGCACCGUUACCAGCCACGAUUCCACGUGGUUUACGUGGAUCCCCGUAAGGACAGCGAGAAAUACGCAGAGGAGAAUUUUAAAACAUUUGUCUUUGAGGAAACCCGCUUCACGGCAGUCACAGCCUACCAGAACCACCGGAUCACACAGCUGAAAAUUGCCAGCAAUCCUUUUGCAAAGGGCUUCAGGGACUGUGACCCAGAGGACUGGCCCAGGAAUCACAGGCCCGGCUCUCUGCCAAUAAUGAGCGCCUUUGCCAGAACGAGAAACCCGAUGUCGUCACCCCCUCAGCAGAACGGCACAGAGAAAGAUGACAGCAGGCGGGAAUAUGAGCGGGACCCUACUGGCACACCCAUACACGCCGACCCGGCUCACCAGCUGAUGUCUCGAGUCCUCAGUCCAGCCCUGCCCGUCCCAGGAGGCCUCCACGCUGUCCCGCUCACCAGUGGCCGACCCAGCCCUCCGCACGACCUCAGACCUGACCCCCAUUCUCUACCCCCGGACACUCUGCACCAUCACCCCUACAAGUACCCCAGCACCUACGAACACUACCUGGGAGCCAAGAGCAGGCCAUCACCCUACCCCUUACCCAGCAUCAGAGGACACACUUACCACCAUCACAUGAACCCGGCCACAGCUAAUAUGUACUCAGCAACCAGCGGUCCCACCAACUACGACUACGGGCCCAGAUAAUGCCUGCUGUCCACAGAAGGAUAACGUAAACAGCACUGUGGGAGCGGAGACAGGCCGAAAAAGAAACGGCUUUGUGCAUUCACAAGCUGAACCGUCCUUGCUGCUGGAUAAAUCUGCCAUAUUUAUUUAAAUAAACAGUUUUUGUACAGGAGAAAGGGCAUCUGUUUUGAGCCCUGACAGAGAUCUGCUGUGACCUUUGAACCCAAAGGGCAACAGCCCUACAAGGGAGCUCCUGAUUGGAGUGGACAGUGAACCGACAGGAGGGACAGAAACUCUGAUCACAGACUGGAGUUGAGUUUUCUUUUUGUGUUGGAUGCACUUUUAGAUUUUACUUGUUUUUAUUGCUUUUAAAAAAGCCAUAUCUUAUAUAUAAAUAUAUUAUGUAUAUGUAUAGUCAUCAACCUUCUAGGUAGGCGAAAUGUUUGCAUGUUGAGAUCAUCAGAGAGGGUGUCGAAACACAUCAAAUGUUUUAGUUUGGGGCCCGGGGGGUGGGGGGGUGAGAUUUGAUUUUGAAAUGACGUGAACAUCUUGAGCCGCUCUGAGAAACUUGUACAAGGCACUGACUUGUAGCAAUUCAAAGUAAAUAAAUGAAGCAGAAUGACUGUUCUGUAUCUGUAAAAUAAAUAGUAAAUUCUUGCAUUUCAUUAAAAAAACAAAAAAAAUUACCGCCAGUCUUACGGUCAAAGUACUAUCUGAGAGAAGUGGGAAUUUACCUCACGGCAGGGUUCACAUUGUUCACAGUUCCAUCUGAAUUUGCCGUAGUACUCCCUGCUGCUGUGGCUGGUCUCUGAAUGCGUCACUGCAUAGCUAACCAAAAUAUUCACACACGUUCUCUGUAUUUAAAAAAUGAUAAUAAUAAUCUGGCUUCAUCGUAAAAAAAAAACAAAAAAAAACAUUUUUGAUCUCAAGGUCACAACAAAUCUCUACAACCUUGCCAAAUGAAAUAAAACAUAUAAAUUACAAAGGACUGCAUAAUUAAACACGGCCUUUAUUAUUUAAAAUAAAAAUAUUUACACACAGCUGUCCUCAAAUUGUGAAUUGCAAGUUUCAAAUCAUUGAACAGCCUUUGAUGUUUAGUUAAACAAUUAGGACCUUUAUUUAAUUAAGAUCAUGUUGUGAAGCUUUAAUUUCAUAUUGAAAGAGCAUAAUUCAAAAAAAUAUAAAUAAAUAAAAAAUACAUACCAAAAAAAAAAAAAAAAAAAAAAAAUGCCAGGAGCAGCCUUAUUUUUAA